AAUAAUUAAACUGACACUAAAACAGUCACAACGGGGUGGAGCCCUCGCUUUCACUGAAGGAUAUGCUUAUUUGCUUCACAUUACACCAGGAUGAAUAGUAGUGGACCAGCAUACCCAUUAGCCUCUCUGUACGUCGGUGACCUUCAUCCUGACGUCACUGAGGCCAUGCUGUACCAGAAGUUUUCUCCUGCUGGUCAGAUCAUGUCCAUUCGUGUGUGCCGUGAUGUCAUUACACGGAGAUCCCUUGGAUAUGCAUACAUCAACUUCCAGCAGCCUGCUGAUGCGGAAUGUGCCCUUGACACAAUGAACUAUGAAGUCAUCAAGGGUCGUCCAAUUAGGAUCAUGUGGUCACAGCGAGAUCCAGGUUUGAGAAAGUCUGGUGUGGGAAACAUCUUCAUCAAGAACAUGGAUGAGUCUAUUGAUAACAAGGCUCUCUAUGACACCUUUUCUGCUUUUGGUAACAUCUUGUCAUGUAAGGUGGUUUGUGAUGAGAACGGCUCAAAGGGUUAUGGGUUUGUGCACUUUGAGACCCAAGAAGCUGCCAACAGAGCCAUUGACACAAUGAACGGCAUGCUUCUGAAUGAUCGCAAAGUAUUUGUGGGUCAUUUUAAAUCUCGUAAGGAGCGUGAGGCAGAGUUGGGGGCUAAAGCCGUGGAGUUCACCAAUGUGUACAUUAAGAACUUUGGUGAAGAUAUUGACAGUGAGAAACUGAAGACCAUCUUCACUGAAUUUGGUAUGACCCUUAGUGUCUGUGUGAUGACUGAUGAAAGGGGACGCUCUCGUGGCUUUGGAUUUGUCAACUUUGAAAACCACACAGAUGCCAGGAGGGCAGUAACUGAAAUGAAUGGGAAAGAGCUGAAUGGCAGGGUCCUGUAUGUGGGUAGAGCUCAAAAAAGACUGGAGAGGCAGGGAGAACUCAAACGCAAGUUUGAGCAAAUAAAGCAGGAGCGCAUACAACGCUACCAGGGGGUUAAUCUCUAUGUAAAAAAUCUAGAUGACGGCAUUGAUGAUGAGAAGUUGAGGAAAGAGUUUGCACCUUAUGGAACCAUCACUAGUGCAAAAGUAAUGUAA